GCCGCUCGCCCGCACUUCCGCGGCGGCGGCGGGCGAAUCCCAAAAUCCUAUGGUAACUACCUCUGGUUUUUAAAAUCCUAAGCCAGACAAAUCCAAAUACUAGAGGAGAGAAACUUGACAUGGGGAAAAACACCAUGAGGCUUCUCUGUGCUUCCCUUUCUCUUGCCAUGGUAUGCUGGCUAGCUGAAAGUACCCUGUCAAAAACAGAUGCAAAGAAAGGUGCUACAAAAAAACUGGAGGAAAAGAAGCUGCAUUCUGAUAAAAAUGUUCAGGACCGGGGAUUGGUAGUUGUGGAUCCAAAAGCAAAGGAUAUUAUACUGGAACAUAAAAGUUAUUGCUCCAAGAUGAAGGAACGACAUUUCUCAGGAGAUGUUCUGGGAUAUAUUACUCCUUGGAAUAACCAUGGCUAUGACAUUGCUAAAAUAUUUGGAAACAAAUUUACACUAAUCUCACCAGUUUGGUUACAAGUGAAGAGGAGAGGGAAGGAAAGGUUCCAAUUCACUGGGCUCCAUGAUGCUGAUCAAGGCUGGAUGAAAGAUGUGAGAAAAACCUCCAGAAACAUAAAAAUAGUGCCUCGAAUUUUGUUUGAUGGCUGGACUUACCAAGACUUUGAGAGUGUUUUUGGCAGUGAAGAUGAGAUAGAGGAACUUUCCAAGAACAUGGUUCUGCUAGCCAAGAAUGAAAAUUUUGAUGGUUUUGUAGUUGAAGUGUGGAGUCAACUGGGAAAUCAAAAGCAAACGGAGUUGAUUCACUUGCUCACUCACCUUUCUGAAGCUCUGCAUGAAGCACAACUUAAACUUAUACUGGUCAUCCCUCCUGCAGUUGCAGCAGGGACCAACCAGCCAGGAAUGUUCACAAAGAAAGAAUUUGAUCAGUUGGCCUCAUCAAUAGACAGCUUCAGUCUCAUGACGUAUGACUAUUCGGCACCACAUCGACCUGGUCCAAAUUCCCCCCUUCCCUGGGUACGAGCUUGUGUUGAAGUACUGGAUCCUGAUUCAAAAUGGAGGAAUAAAAUACUUUUAGGACUGAAUUUCUAUGGCAUGGACUAUUCUGCUUUGGAAACCUCUGGGGAGCCAAUCCUUGGCAGCAGGUACAUUGAAACCUUGAAGGAACACAAGCCAAAAAUUGUCUGGGAUGAAAAAAUUGCUGAACACUACUUUGAAUACAAAAAGUAAGUUACAUUUAUUAACUUACCAUUCUGCAAAUAUUUUUGGGCAUGGGCCAAUGGCUGCAGUGUGCAGCUGAAUCCAGAAAAUGGAAAUUCUGCUGAUUGUGAUCUGUUUGUCAACACUGAACUGCAGCAUAAAAGAGUGUUUUGGGUGAGAGGGGAAAAUCAAAGAAGGAUUAAUGAAAUUACAUAAACUAGAAUAAUCUUUAGAAGAGAAGUCUGAUGAGUCAUAUCUUUAGAAAUUAUCCAUCAAAGUUAUCUAUUAAGUGUCAGUUAAUCAGAGGCUCUGAGAUGAGUACUGGGAGCCAUAUAAUAACUCAGCCAAAAAUAGUUCUGAGAAAAAUCUAUGGUACAAGAGCCUGGUUUCACAAGUCUUACUGCUAAGAUUAUUUAAGUGAAGAACUUCCACUAGAUGGAAUAGACUGUAAAGAAAUGUAAUAGAUGUAAAACU